GAAAGGAGGCGUGAGAUGGGCGGAGCCAGCCGUGGCCGAGGAACCAGAGAGUGUGUCCGUGUCCUUCCGUGCUGCGGCAUCACCUUUAACUGCCCCGGGAUUAAAACGGACCCCAGUGAGCACGGGGUUCCCUCGGCACGCGCUGUCGUCACGGUGACGAAUGAAGAAAGGCAGGUUCAGACUCCGGCUUCUGAAAGGUGGCGCUGAAUUGCCGCGCCGUGCGUAUUGUUUGUAACCAGACUGAGCGCUGAUAUGAGUCACUCCUGUUUCUGACUGGUGGUGUGGGCUGAUUCACGCGAGUCGUUCUUAAUCAGCCCACGGCCUCAGAGUGCCGGCACUCUCUUCACCACCGCGCGCCCUGAAAGGUGUGCAGCCUCCCCGGUCUGCUCCCAGUAACCCCCUCUUUUAUCUAUCUAUCCAUUCCUUUGGGUCCGCUUCGGAGAGUUCUCUUCCCGCCUUCCUGAGAGGGUACCUGGCUUAACGGUAAAAUGGCCCAGCCACGCCGCCGGGCUGUUUAGGAGGGACAGAGGCCCAGGACGGUGACAGCAUGGCUCGCAGGGCGUGAGCGGGAUGUCCGUGGAUGAGAAGCCUGAGGCCCCCAUGUAUGUGUAUGAGUCGACGGUCCACUGCGCCAACGUGCUCCUGAGCCUGAACGACCAGCGGCGGCGCGACGUGCUCUGCGAUGUGACCGUGCUGGCCGAGGGGAAGGAGUUCCGGGCGCACCGCGCCGUGCUGGCUGCCUGCAGCGAGUACUUCCUGCAGGCCCUACUGGAGCAGGCAGACAAUGAGCUGGUGGUCAGCUUGCCAGAAGAGGUCACAGCCCGAGGCUUCGGCCCGCUGCUGCAGUUCGCCUAUACGGCCAAGCUGCUGCUCAGCCGAGAGAACAUCCAGGAGGUCAUCCGGUGCGCUGAGUUCCUGCGCAUGCACAACCUGGAAGACUCCUGCUUCCGCUUCCUGGAGGCACAAUUGCGUAGCGAGGAGGACGGCCUUUUGCUCUGCCACAGGGUGGCGCCGCUGCCCCCGGCCCGGGAGGGGGGUGACCACUCGGACGAUGAGGCCAUGCAACCAGAAGCACCCGCCUCCACCUCGCCUCAUAGCGCCAUGGGCAACCACGACGAGAGGCUCGCGGUGGGGGUCCCCGAGGACUGUGCCUCGGACAUGCCCCGCUGCCCCAAGUACAGGAAGUACCAGGGCUACAACAAGCACAAUAACAGCAACCCCUCACACAGCAGUACCUCAGGGUUUCCCGGCACGUUCGUGGAGAGCGGCGGAGGCAGCAGUGGCUUUCUCGGCCAGGCCAGGUCAGAAGUGGUGCACAUCAAGGAGGAGCCGCGCACCGAGGACGAGGCUGUCUCGCUGUGCCUGUCGGGAGACGAGCCAGAUGGCGUGGCCGGCAUGGAGAUGGAUGACGAGGAGCUCAGUGCGCCUUCGCCCCCCUGCCAGCGAGCCUCCCUCCACAAACCCGCCGGAACGGUGGGCCAGCUGUUCGCCGCACAGUUGACCGGCCCCCAGGACAAGGGGGCUGCUCAGGGCGACCGCCGGAAGGACUACGGGCCUUUCGACACUGAGACAGGCGAUCUGGUGACAUCCCCCAAGGAGCUCGAUGGCUUCCCCAGGGGUCUGCCAUGGAAGGCGGCGUCCUGUGAUGGGGUGUGCAGGCCGGAGACGGAGCCCGACCGCAGGAGUGUCAUUUUCUCUUCAUGUGAGCAACUUGGCCCCCCGGUGCACUCCUACCCCAGGGGCAACUCUGUAGAGAAGGAGCUUGCAGAGCAGGCCUCAAAGAGCCUGUGGGUGGGCACGGCCCUGUCUCUCACCACCUCCCAAGCGUACCCGCCCAGCAGCGGUGGUGUGGUGGAGCCCACACCGCAUUUCCGGUCACGGCCCAACACCAGCUGUCCUGUACCGAUCAAAGUGUGCCCCCGCUCACCUCCCUCAGAAACCAGGACCCGGACCUCCAGCUCAUGCUCCUCCUACUCCUACGCCGAGGAUGGCAGUGGGGGCUCCCCCUGCAGCCUGCCACAGUUCGAGCUCUCCUCAUCGCCCUGCCCCAAUGCCGCGCGCUGCCUCUCUGCCGACCAGCAGGACCAGGGUGUGCAGGCUGGGGACACCAUCCUCGGCAGGGCGCGACCCAAGAUCAAGUGCGAGCAGUCAUAUGGCACCAACUCCAGCGAAGAGUCAGACUCGCUCUCGGAUGGAGACAGCGAGUCCUGCCACAUGCAAGACCAGGGUCCGGAGGUCAAACUUCCCUUCCCUGUCGAUCAAAUCACAAAUCUUCCACGGAAUGACUUCCAAAUGAUGGUGAAGAUGCACAAGCUGACCUCAGAGCAGCUGGAGUUCAUCCACGAUGUCCGGCGGCGGAGCAAGAACCGCAUCGCGGCUCAGCGCUGCCGCAAAAGGAAGCUGGACUGCAUCCUCAACCUGGAGUGCGAGAUCCGCAAGCUGGUGACUGAGAAGGACAAGCUACUGACAGAGCGCAGCAAGCUGGAGGCCUGCAUGGGUGAGCUAUGGGAGAACUUCUCCUGCCUGUCGCAGGAGGUAUACCGGGAUGUGCAGCUCAGUCCAGAGCAGGUCCAGUCACUGCACCGCUACUGCCCAGUGCUGCAGCCCAGCGAGCCCUCCGCCACCACCACAUCCCCCACUGCCUGCUCCCCCACUGCUGCCGCUGCCUCCACCAGCAUCGACCUCACUACCAGCUCCAGUUCACCCACCCCAGAGCCCCGUGCCCUCAAGUCCCCCUGCCCUCCUGAGAGCGAAGCCGGCCCAGCCCGCUGGGCUCUGGGCAACGGGUCCGACAACCUAGGGGGUGUGGUUCUAGCCAACGAAGGUCGAGAGUCGGCCGUGUACCUGGAGUCAGGGCUGACCUUCGAACAGACUAACCAGACAGUCACCGAUUUCUGCCAGGAAAUGACCGAUAAAUGUACCACUGACGAACAGCCCAGAAAGGAGUACACCUAGUGACGGUGACAUCACUUCCUGUUUUUAUUUAAUUUUCUCCUGACAAACCUCUGCCUGAGGUUAAGUUUCUCGAGAUCUGCCAAUGUUCUUCAGAAAAAAAAUCAUUUUGUUUUGUAUUUUUGUAUUAUGUUGUAUUUUUUUGAAGGUCAACACUACAGUGGUCUUAACAGCAGCAAUACUUAUCUCCAGGUAUUUCCUCCAAACCAUGACAUUGUGAGAUCCUCUCACAGAACUUCCUCUUGACGGUGCUACCCCGCCACACCCCGGCUGUGACCUCUGCAGUGGAAACACUGCCUUUGUGUUUUACACUUUCACAACAGGGAUGGGCAGUUCACAUCUCAAAGCUGAAAUCCUCCAUGCAGCUCUGAUCGCUCUCUCUCUCUCUCUCGCUCUCUUUCUCUCCCUCUCUCUCUCUCCUUCUCUCCCUUUCAUUUUCAAUGGCCCUUGUCACAGCAAUUCAGUCUCAGGAAAUGUUUUCUGAAUGUUCAAUAUUGUUCAUGAAAAUAAGAGUACAACUUCUGUACACUGGGAAUUUUAUACAGCCCCAAGACUGUACGUGUCCAUAUGCAAAAAUUUCUCCUGUACAGCUCAUUUAUAGCGUUUCGAUACUGGAACUCCCGACGUAUAUUGUACAGACGUUUGUACCUAAACAUUCCUCUCUUGCCUUCUGCAGUGCUGAAACUGAAAAAAGACAGAAACAAGUGUUGGUACGUGGUCACAUAGCUAAGGUCCUCACACAUCAGCAAUACCAUUGUUUAUGGGCGCUUUUAACAGUUGAUAUUUAAGUGCUCGUUUGUCCAGAACUGUAUUGUAUAUAAUAUGAAGCAUGGUGACAUUUGUCACAGUAAAAUUGUACAGGUAGUGGUUAAUGUUUUUUUUUUUCCAUUGGGUUUCAUCAAACAUCUUUUGCUGCUGGAAAAUAUUAUUUGGCUGUUUCCUGUCAAGAUUGAAAGUGGAGUAUUCUGAAACUCAGGAAAUCAGCUUGUCACACACACAUGCAAAGACAUACAAAGACGUACAUGAACACCCACGCACACACUGCAUAUUCACACAAAUAGGAUCCGGAGCCCAUUGCAUGUUCCUAUCAGUUACAAAUUGGAUGUUGAUGAAGAGGUCAAUAGGAAGUAUGUUUUUAAACAGUGGAUGCUUUCAAUUUGAUUUUAUGUGAAUCUUUUUUAACUUAUGGAAGCAGCUUUGGCUUGAGAGAAAGUUCUGGAAUGUGUUGAGAUGUCUUUCUUCCUCAUCGGUUUUAAAGGCUAUAAUAUGUAUUGGAGAAAUCCUUUUCUUAAGAAAAGUGGUGGGAAAUUUCAUCAGUGUUAAAUGUCCUGAUGUUAAGGAUGAAUGCCACUGGGAGGCGAUGAACUGCUUGAUGCCAUUUACAAUGGAAACGAGCUCUCCAUUUAGACAUUAUGUAGGGAUGUAGAUCUCCACAGACUUCAGUCUAGAUUCUGGCACUUUCUAUCUCGCACUAGGCACUCGCAACACCAGUAAGCACUUCGAGGAGGGGUAUACCCUCCGUUCAAAUUCCUAGAAAGGUAGAAAAUUAAAGCACUUAAAUUGGCAUCAGAGGUUUUACCUCUAAAGAAUUGGUGUGCUAUUCUCUUUAUGUUGUCUUUUAGUGUCUAAUAUGAAAAAAGAGUUUAUUCAAAAAUGCAAACUAUUUAAAUUCCAGAAUAGGAACACAGCUGUUGCAAUCUGUGGAGAUAUUGAGUAUUUGUGUUUGUAUUUGUUUGAGGAUAGAAUAAGCUAAUUAAGGACUGAGUUCAUUUGCCCUGUGGUCAGUUAGAUGUUGUUUUAAAAGAAAAGAUAGUGGAACAAUCAUGUGAAAUAGUCAUAUUUUUCCCUAAUUGUAAAUUUUGUUAAAAACCUAUUUCUGCAGUGGGAA